AUGUCGAUACUGUUUGUGGCAGUUCUUGAAUGCUCUCCUGGUGGACAUCAGAUCCUGCAGAGCCCUUACCGAAGUGUUGAUUUCGAUUCAUCCCACCUCCAGCAAUCAGCUAUUCAGGAUUUAAUAUGUGACCAUUCCCUAACACCUGGAUGGUAUCGCUUUAUGAUUUUUGAUAAGCCUGCUGAGAUGCCGACCAAGUGUGUGGAGAUGAAUCAUUGUGGUACUCAAGCUCCUGUCUGGUUGUCUCUGAGGGAGUCAGAAUCCAUGCCUCGACCCGGUGAGAUCAAACAGUUAACAGCUUGUGCGACAUGGCAGUUUUUCUUCAGCGCUUCAAAAGACUGCUGUCUUUUCCAAAUCCCCGUCAGUGUGAGGAACUGUGGAGAUUUCUUUGUUUACUUACUGCAGCCCACCCAAGGAUGCAUGGGGUAUUGUGCAGAAGGUAACCUGGCUCCUUCAUCUGCUCCAUCUGUGUCACCACCACUACCAGCCAUUCCUGAAGUUGUAGCAGAGUUGAUCAAAGGCAGCAUUUACCUAAGGUGUACCUUUGGCGUUCCUUUUACAAACAGCUCAGUCGGAUUCAUUGUAACUUGGUCAAGACUUUCUCCUGAAGGUAUCAAAGAAGAACUGAAACAUGAAACAGCAGUUCAUACAUUCUCACUUCUAGAACUAGAUGGGAUAAACAUCAGACUUGGAGACAGAGUCUAUUGUAGCAGUUCUGCUUUUUUCAUGGAGAAGCCGGAUAUACAAAGCUCUUCUGUUGAGAGCAAGGAAUUUUUUGCUGGCAUUAAGAUACAUCCAGAAACAUAUAAUAUAUCAGAAGAUGGGAAGGAAUACAGGCUGGCAAUAGAAAGUAGCAUUCCUAUUCCUUGUCCUGAGUUUAGCCAGCUUGACAGUGACUGCAAAAUCUCACUAACAUUAAAUACUGUUGAUGAAGGUAAAGAGCAGUUAGGUUUAAACUUGGCUCUUUCUUCUUGCCAUGUGGAUCUUCUCCAGAAACCCUGCAAUAACGGAAUCUGUAGUCAAGCUGUAAUUUACUUCACUGCUGUGACAGACUUUAUGCAGGAUGGAGACAGAAUUACCAGAAUUGCAGUCGAGCCUAUAACCAGUGAGAAUUUCCUGUGGAAUGGCUAUGUUCCAGAAAGCACACAGAUUACAGUAAAGGAUCUACCCACUGCCUACUGCUACUCAUUUACUGACCCUCAUAUAAUCACAUUUGAUGGAAGACUCUAUGACAACUUUAAAACGGGAACAUUUGUUCUCUAUAAGAGUACAUCUCGAGAUUUUGACGUUCAUGUUCGCCAGUGGGACUGUGGAAGUCUUCACUACCCAGCAUCCUGUAACUGUGGCUUUGUUGCCAAAGAAGGAAGUGAUGUAAUUGCAUUUGACAUGUGCAGUGGUCAGCUACACGAGUCACAGCCACACUUAUCUGUAAUAAAUAGAGACACAACAGGAAGCAAUGUCAGAAUCACUGAAUCCUACCUAGGAAGAAAAGUAACAGUUUUGUUUUCUUCUGGAGCUUUCAUUCGUGCUGAUGUGAGUGAAUGGGGAAUGAGCAUAACACUUAGGGCACCCAGUUCAGAUUACAGACAUACAAUGGGACUCUGUGGCACCUUUGAUGGAAGUGCAGAGAACGACUAUCACACUGCAAGUGGGGUGGAAAUCCCAAACCAUGCUAAUGUUCCUUUUUCUUUUAUUAAGGAAUGGAGAAUUUCACCAGGAGAUAGCUUGUUUGACAAGACACCUGCUUCUUUAUCAUCUUCUAGAAAAAUAGUCUUCUGUGACUGCGCACUUGAAGAUGCUGGAUUAUAUCGAUCAGUGAAUAAACUAGAGGCAGUUUCUCAGUCAGAACUUCCUCAGUCUUGUAAAGAAAGUGAAAAUGGUAGAUUUCUUUCUUUGAUACCAGACCUGGAUGUCACUGCUGAGUAUCUCGGUCCUGUUGAUCUUGUCAGAGGCUUAAAGAAACGUUCAUUUCCACAUGAAAUGGAUUCAUCUACACUUCUGCAGAGGGAGGAUAAUCAAACCAAACUUCACAAAACAUCACUAAUGAACACACAUGUCUCUGCAACCUCAGUGGGAAAUACUGUUGUAGAAAGAAAAGGAACUUCAAGCUCAGGCGUUAAAAGAAACUCUCACCGUUUCAGUAGUCAUCUUCACAAAAGUCAAUCUGUUGCAAGUAGGGGAAAGCGCCAAAAUUAUUAUGAAUACCAUCCAGUAUUUCUAUUCCAAAGUCUUAGCCAAACAGACUUAGAGGGAUAUAGUUAUUUUUUCCCAGAGGACCAUGCCACUGACACCGACCAAAAGUUUCUUCCUUCUUGGCCCACACCUUCUGGCCUCACCGAGUCCAGUGCUUUGUUACUAUGCCAGCAGGCAAUAGCUAAUUCCAGUAUAGGAAGAUCUUGUGGUGGCCUUCUUGGCCGGCGAAUAGAGGAUGCGAUCAAUAUGUGUGUUAAAGAUUUGCUGCUGAAAGAUGACCUCAGCUGGGCAGAAGCUUCCUUAGCUCUUCUAGAGAAUGAAUGUGAGAAAAGAGUUUUAGAAGAAAUAAAUUCCAACCGACAGGAACUUGAAGGGUCGGUUGAGAGCCUACUUAUUGCAUUAAAGUGUCCCAGUCUCUGCAGUGGUAAUGGGGAAUGUACAGAAUGGGGCUGCGCAUGUUUUCAAGGCUACAGCUCGUAUGACUGCAGCAUACUGUCUGACCAGGCUCCGGAAAUUACAGAGCUGGAGAAUGCUGGGCUGUGCGAUAUUCGACAGUAUGACUGCACAUCAGUGAGAGCUUUUGGACAUGGCUUCAGGGAUUCAUUGAAUCUGAAAUGUGAAAUUAUCAAAUUACAGUAUUAUGAUAGACAAUGGAUUCCUGGAGAACCUCUAACUAUGCCAGCUGCCUUUCAAAAUGCCAGGACUGUCGACUGCCAGUUACCAAAGGAUGGCCAGCAGUCUGAUGUCAUGGAUCUGGUUGAUGAUAAACCCAUUGCCAGGUGGCAAAUAAAGGUUUCUAAUGAUGGAGUAAUUUAUAGCAACUCUAAAACAAUGAUAUUAUAUGAUGGAGCCUGUCAGACAUGUGAACCACAAGAAUCUGCGUUAUGUCAGUUAAAGGAGAAAACAUGCAACAUAGAUGGACUCUGUUAUGGUGAAGGUGACACAAAUCCAACCAGCCCUUGCUUACUCUGCAGACCUGACAUAUCAAAGUUAACUUGGUCAGUUGUUGAAAAUAACCAGCCUCCAGUGCUUGAAAAUUUUCAGGGUAUGCUACAGACUUUUUAUGGAGAAGAUUUUGUAUAUCAGUUUUUGGCUUCAGAUCCAGAGGGCUCUGCUAUUCAUUUCACAUUGGAUUCUGGUCCAGAAGGUGCCAGUCUUUCCCCAUCAGGUCUCCUUUUGUGGAAAGCUGCGUCAAUGAAUCUCCAUAAAUUAACGUUUUCUUUGACAGAUGACUGCAAUGCAAAGACUAAAGUAGAAAUAGAGGUCAGUGUAAAAUCGUGUGAUUGCCUAAAUAAUGGCUCAUGUGUGACAAACAUUAAUUUCCCACCUGGAAGUGGAAGAUAUCUUUGUGUGUGUGUGGCUGGAUUUGAAGGUGAUCUCUGUCAAGUGAAUACUGAUGACUGUAAACUUAACCAGUGUGGUAUUGGCAGAUGUGUGGAUGGAAUAAACAGCUAUUACUGUGAAUGUCCACCUGAACUUCAAGUUAAAACAAAAGUAACUACUAAUGUGCCUUCACAUCUUUUGUUUUUAGAAAGCUUUGAAGAUACUAAUGUUGAAAGAAAGGAUUCCACAGGAGAAAUUGGAGGGCAUAAAGGUUUUCGACAACCAUCCUUUGAGAAGGUUUUCAGCAUCUCAAGCUAUAUUCCCAGUUCUACAGAUGUCCCUGAGAGAUUUAUUUCUACAGAAAUGGUCAGCAGCAGCACUCCACCAGCCUCCACAGUAAAAACAAUCACCGCUUCGAAGUCACUUAUUUCUCAGAGAAGUGCUUUUGUACAGCCUGCUGUUACUGGAAACAUUGCUCAUGCUCUAAGCACCAUCAGUGAUCAGCUUGCUAACAGGGAAGAGAGUUCUUCAGUAGAUGCUGUGAUGACUGCAUCUUCAAGGAGCCGUGCUGUAUCACCUGAGAAGAAAACCAGGGCACAAGUGGAGGCCUACAGCUAUUUUGAGACCAGCAGGAAGACUUCUCCUAGCAGCAGAACAAGUAUAAGCAAAGGGCUUUCUUUGCCAAGCAAAGUAUUCAAAGGUGGAAAUGCUCACAGAGUUCAGCACCUGUUAGCCAAGCAUAAAGCGAGUCCUUUACCUUUUGUCCUUGUUGAAGUCACUGUCCCGCCAAAAAUGCUUCCUGAAGAAUUGAGUGAAAUAGUGAUUCCUAAAGCAGUAACCUGUACCGAUUUACCCUGUUUUCCUGGCGUACCUUGUGAGCCAAGUCAGGAUGGAAGCAUCAAGUGCGGUCGUUGUCCUUAUGGUUAUUAUGGAGAUGGCUUCACUUGCAGAGCAAGAUGUAGACAAACAUGUGGCAAAAAUAUGGAGUGUGUAGCACCCAAUAUUUGCAAAUGCAAGCCUGGUUAUGCUGGUUAUAACUGUCAGGCUGCUCUAUGCAGACCUGAUUGCAAAAACCAUGGGAAGUGCAUUAAGCCCGAUGUCUGUGAGUGUCUACCAGGAUACAGUGGCUCCGCUUGUGAGGAAGCACACUGUAAACCACCCUGUCAAAACGGAGGCACGUGCUUGGCUGGAAAUCUCUGCACCUGCCCAUAUGGUUUUGUGGGACCAAGAUGUGAUACAAUGGUUUGCAACAGACACUGUGAAAAUGGUGGUGAAUGUCUUACUCCAGACAUCUGCCAGUGUAAACCUGGGUGGUACGGACCUACAUGCAGUACAGCGAUGUGUGACCCUGUGUGUCUCAAUGGUGGUUCCUGUACUAAGCCAGAUGUUUGCCUCUGUCCACAUGGAUUCUUUGGUGCCCAGUGUCAGAAUGCUGUCUGCAGCCCGCCUUGUAAGAAUGGUGGUCAUUGCAUGAGAAAUAAUGUCUGUACUUGUCCUGAUGGGUACAUGGGCAGAAGAUGUGAAAAAAGUGUCUGUGAGCCAAGGUGCAUGAAUGGAGGAAGGUGCGUAGGGCCAAACAUUUGCUCUUGUCCUUCAGGAUGGAAAGGAAAAAGAUGUAACACUCCAAUCUGUCUUCAGGAAUGUAAGAAUGGUGGGGAGUGUAUUGGACCGAGUACGUGUCAUUGUCCUCCGCAGUGGGAAGGAAUCCAGUGUCAAACACCUGUGUGCAACCAGAAGUGUCUGUUUGGAGGCAAGUGUGUAUUGCCUAACGUAUGCUCUUGUCGUCCUGGUUAUACCGGAGUCCUCUGUGGGAAGAAAAUUCAGGUACAUGUAGAGUCAAGCCACCAUCACAGAUACAGCGGUUUGGGAGUCAUUAUCUAG